AUAUAUAGCUGUCAGACCUAAAGGCGUUGUGUUUUAACUUGACAUGGAUUUAGAGAGUUGGGUAUAAAACUGGAGACUUUGAUAAGUUUUUCCAUGUUUAAAUAUAAGAUAAGACGUUCGAUUUCUAUCAAUGUUCAUGUACUUUGCUGUGCGAAAUGGCAGGGAACGUAAUAAAGGUGGAAGUUGACGAUUUCCGUGAAAUUAUUCGUAAAGUUUCACCAUACAUCGUCAGACAGUGGAGAGAAGUGUGCCGUGACCUAGGUGUGUCUGAAGUGGAUCUACUUCACCUGGAGAAAGCAAGCUUCAGUAUAAAACCCUCCAACUUGGCAUUCCGAGGACUCUGUCUUUGGUACGAACAGAAUGGCAAGCUCGCAACGAAGGAACGACUCAUUUCUGCAUUGAAGAGAAACGGGUUACGUCGAGCUAGAGAGGAGGCAGAUAAUAUAACCCUAAAACAGCUUAUUGUCCGGCCGUCGUCGUCACUUCCGAUAUCCACCAGAGUUCGAUCCGCCAAGAGGAGGAAAUCUUCAGGUGCCCCACCCUCUUUGCAAAGACUAAGAAGCGGAAGUGCCAAAUGCACAAGAAUACGGUCGGCAAAACGGAAGUAUAUGAAAGAGGAAAAACCACGUGAUCUGUCAUUGCGGAUAAGGGUGACUCAAAUCACAGCUCAAGAAGACGUGAGUGGACUUUGGCGAGAUAAAUCAAGAGAAAUUUGUGACGCCUUUUACUCGUGUGUUGUGGAUAAUUGUGAGGAUUAUAUUAUUGGAUUGGAGAAAGCACUUGAUAUGCCAGACUUGGUUGUCAAUGACAUUAGAAAGGACAGUGUCAUUACAGCUAGUGUUCAGUGUGGAACUCUUGGAGCUUUGGAGUCGAUCAACCAAAUGUACAAAUCCAGGAGACUGGUCUCACUGUGUCAGGCAGUGUUUACAAAGGAAAUAUCUUUAACACACAUUGGAGUAAAGAGUUUAGCGUUAGAUUUAAGCAUUGAUCCGGAUGAACUCGAAGAAUGUCGAGAUUACCUACUCUCUAGGAAAUUUAAGGAAAGCGUUGUAUUUCACCCUACCGACACACUGUCCAUUCCACAUGCUGAAGAGCCCAACAUAGACAGAAUACCCCGAGUAACAACGAAACAGGAGAAAACCAGUAUUGACAUGUCUGAGUGCAAAACACAGUUCACUACAAAACUGGAAAAUUUGAAGCAUCGCUACGGCGUUUUUGAAGAACAUAUAGACGAGUUCUUGAGAACGUUACAAAUUAUACUUCCGAAAGGCCAAGGAAGUAUUAAGAACCUCGCGAGUGUUAUCGGUCUACAUUCUUAUUUACUAUCGACCGAAGGUGUUGGAUCUGGAGUUCGAACAGACCUUGUACGAGAAUAUCUUGCCAUUGUAAACAACAUCCGGUUAUUUGUGGAAAAUUUCCGGGAAGAGUGUGAUGAGUUGCUAAGCGAUAGUGAUACGAACGAUAUGGAUUCUGGUAAUUCUGGAAAAAUAGUUAGAUGUCUGUUAGAAAAUGUAGAAGACAUGUUGCAGAUUGAACAAGAGUUUGAGGAAGACACUACUGUGUUAGACCGGAAGUUGAGUAGUUAUGAGCAGAUGUUUUGUGGUAUGUUAUGCCACAUCCCACUCUUGUUUGAGAAACUUUCUACAGUUCUUCACACCUUGCCAACAAAUGUUCAAUCAACGUUGGAUUCCUGAUACGUCUGUAGAAGAUCACUUAUAAACGUUGUAGUAUAUGGUUUACAAUCAGUUCGACCGCUAUUGAAUUGUAAAGUACACCAUUGAUACUCAAAGGGGCUUUGGCGGUGAAACCUUAAAUUUUGUCUUAAUAGCAAUACAUGUAUAGAGUUUCAUUUUCGUGAUCUAUUGACUUUAAAAGCUACUGAUGAUUGACAAUGUCUGACAUGUCAUCUACUGGGGGGG